AUGGAGCAGCAACAACAGCAGCCUCCUCCUACGGGGGGCGUCCCCGGUCCUGCUGGCCGACGGCUUCACAUCGCCCAUCGUCGCAGUCCUUCAGAGCUCACUCCCUUGAUGAGCAUGUUUGCCAACCCCAACAUGGAGCAGCUUGCCAUCCAGCAACAGAUCGAACUCCUACAGCAGCAACAGCAACAGAUCCAGGCGACUCAGCAGCAGUAUGUCAACAUGGGGAUGCUACCCCCGGGCGGAGCGUUCAACCACCUCCAGCCUAACAUGACCAACAUGUCACCUCAGGCCGGUUUCCAAUUCCCGAAUCAGCUACCGCAGCAAAAUGUUAACAUGGCACCUCCGACCCAGCCAAUGUCACAUCGCCGUAAUCAGUCGGCACUCCCGAACAUGGGAAUGGGCCCUCCCCCCGCCCCUUCUUCUGGAGCCUCUGGAUCUGCCUUCGGUAAUGUGGACAAUGCUUCCGGCCACAACCGCGAGAACAGUAGCACCAGGGGCGGACGCGGCGGCGGUUCAGGUGGCGGUCAUCAACGAAGGCACUCGUUGGCUCUGGCCGAUGCCAAGAAGGCUGCUGAGAUUGCGCAGCAAAAGCGUACCACCUCUGGCUUCCAGUUCCCCGGUCCCGGUGCCACUGGUGCCUCCGAUAAGCCUGAGGACGAAGGUAGAGCCUCUUCUUCGCUCGCCGUCCCUGACAGUCAGCCGUCCCAGGGGUCAGGCCCCUCUCGAGGCCGCGGCGGAGCACAUGGUAGAAGCCAGAGUAUGGCUGUUGGUCGCGGUGGCGCCGCCCCGCGCGCCGGCGACGCAGGUGGCCACUCUGGUGAUCUCCAGCGUCGUGGCGGCUCGACCGGGCAUGCACGUACCGGCUCCCGUAACUUUGAUGGAAACUGGAGGACCCAAAACCAGGGUCAAGACCAGAAUGCUGGACAGCAGCAAAACUUCCAACCCGGUCAUCGCUCCCGUCAAUCCAUGAGCAACCAGUCGUUCUCGAACAUUGGAGCGUUCCAGUAUCCAGGUCAGCCCCAGCUCGUGCAACUUCCAGGCCAGAUGAUGAUUCCCGGAAUGUUUCCCGGCCAACAACUUAACCCUAUGCAGCUUAACCAGUUGCAGGCGCUUCAGGCUGCCCAGAUGAACGGCCAGAACUUUGUUGGUCUUGGCGGCAGCCAGCACGCACCACAGCUCUCUGCCCAGCAGCCUCAGCAGCAACAGCGCAAGACGCUUUUCACUCCUUACCUGCCCCAGGCAACCCUCCCCGCUCUCCUUGGUGACGGGCAACUUGUCUCGGGCAUCCUCCGUGUCAACAAGAAGAACCGUAGCGAUGCUUAUGUCUCGACUCAGGAUGGUCUUCUUGAUGCCGACAUCUUUAUCUGCGGUAGCAAAGAUCGCAACCGUGCUCUGGAAGGAGACCUGGUUGCCGUCGAGCUGCUCGAUGUUGACGAGGUGUGGUCCCAGAAGCGAGAGAAGGAAGAGAAGAAGAAACGGAAGGAUAUUACUGAUACCCGUUCUGGCUCUACCAACGGCCAGAACAACAACGGCGACGAGAACAGCACCGCUGAGGGAGGCAUUCGUCGUCGCGGCAGUCUGAGACAGCGACCAACUCAGAAAAAGAAUGAUGACGUUGAAGUGGAAGGUCAGAGCCUUCUGCUUGUUGAAGAAGAGGAGAUCAAUGAUGAGCAGAAGCCUCUCUAUGCUGGCCACAUCGUGGCUGUCAUCGAGCGUGUUGCUGGUCAGAUGUUCUCUGGUACUCUUGGUCUGCUGCGCCCCAGCAGCCAGGCUACCAAGGAGAAGCAGGAGGCCGAGCGAGCUGCUCGGGAUGGCGGCUCUCGUCAUCAGGAUAGCCGCCAACAGGAGAAGCCCAAGAUCGUCUGGUUCAAGCCAACGGACAAGCGAGUGCCUCUCAUUGCUAUCCCAACCGAACAAGCACCCCGAGACUUUGUAGAGAAACACCAGGACUACGCCGAUCGCAUCUUUGUUGCAUGCAUCAAGCGUUGGCCGAUCACCUCGCUCCAUCCUUUCGGCACACUCGUUGAGCAGCUUGGAAGAAUGGGCGACCUGAAGGUUGAGACUGAUGCACUCCUUCGUGAUAACAACUUCUCAUCGGACGAGUUUUCCGAUGCUGUCCUGAGAAGCGUUGGCCUUCAGGACUGGUCACUCGCUAAGGAGGACGAGACCGCGAUCACUGCUCGUCGUGACUUCCGUGAUGAGAAGACCUUCACUCUGGAUCUGGAUGGCUCUGCCGACCUGGGCAAUGCCGUUCAUGUCAAGACCCGACCGGAUGGCAAGAUCGAGAUCGGUGUUCACGUUGCUGACGUCACUCACUUCGUCAAGCCAAACUCCCUGGUCGAUCGCGAAGCGAAGAAGCGUGGUACUGCUGUGCACCUCGUCAACCGCACCUGCGCACUCCUGCCCCCGAAGCUGGCCACCGAGGUCUGCUCCCUGACGCCUGGACAGGAGCGUCUCACCGUCAGUGUGGUGUUCCAAGUCAACCCUCAUAACGGCGCGGUUGCUGAAGGCGACACCUGGGUUGGCAAGACCGUCAUUAAGAGCAACGGCAAGCUAUCGCUGAAGGAGAUCAACUCUGCUCUGUCUGGCGAGGGCAAUUUCAAGCACGAAGCUGCAGCUCUCAAAGAUAUUCAAAUUCUCAAUGCCGUGUCACAGAAGUUCCGCGAAGCUCGUCUGGGCGCUGGAGGCGAGCCCAUUGCGCCGCUACGCCUGCUCCAGCAGCUGGAUGACGAGAACAUUCCAAUUGAGCACAACAUAUUUGACUCCACCACGGCUGUAGAGCUUGUGGAGGAGUUGAUGCACAAGGCCAACGCCUAUGUUGCCCAACGCCUCUCGCAAGCCCUCCCAGAGAAGGCUCUGCUGCGCCGGCAGACGGCACCCAACCCCCGCCGCCUCCAGACAUUUGUCGAGCGCAUGACUGCGCUAGGCUACGAGAUGGACUCGUCCAGCAGCGGUGCUCUACAGAACAGCCUCUUCAAGGUCGACGAUGUGGAUAUCAGGAAGGGCAUGGAAACGCUCCUCCUGAAGACGAUGCAGCGUGCCAAGUAUUACAUUGCCGGCAAGACCGCAAAGCACCUCUGGCCGCACUUCGCUCUGAACCUACCGCUCUACACCCACUUCACUAGCCCAACACGUCGCUACGCCGAUAUCAUUGUUCACCGUCAGCUGGAGGCGGCCCUUUCCGAGGGCAAGAUUGAAUACACCGAGGACCUUGAGAACCUCGUCAAGACGGUCGAGUCUUGCAACACGAAGAAAGACUCGGCACAGAACGCCCAGGAACAGAGCGUUCAUAUCGAGUCUUGCCGUGAUAUGGACAAGAAGAAGCAGGAGACCAACGGAGAUCUGAUCAGUGAGGGCAUUGUCAUUUGUGUUUACGAGUCGGCCUUUGAUGUUCUCAUUCCGGAGUGGGGCUUUGAGAAGCGUGUCCAUUGUGACCAGCUGCCGCUCAAGAAGGCCGAGUUCCGCAAGGAGAAGCGAAUUUUGGAGCUGUACUGGGAGAAGGGUGUUCCCAGCUCCGCGUACGUGCCCGAGGACGAGCGCCCGAAGGCCGCUGCAUCGCAGAGGAUGUCGAACGCCCGGGCAGCAGCCCGCCAGGCCGAGGAGGCCGAACGGGCCAAGAAGGAACGCGAGGAGGCAACACGCAAGCAGACCGAGACUGGCACCAUCUCGACUGAUGACGUCGACGCAUUGUUCGAUGACGAUGACGACAACGCGUCGGACAUCACUGAGGCCAUGGCCGGUGCCUCGUUGGCCGAGCGACCUACACAGAGCGUGCCCGGCUCUCCUGCUCGAUCCAACUCGAAUGCUCCAGGUCUCCUUCAGCGCACGAGGUCCGACUCCAAGGUCCCCAUGGCGGAGGCUCCCGAGACGCUGCUCUCCAACAAGGAGAAGUACCUGAAGCUCUUCAAGCUGAGGGAGGAGGGAGGCGAGUACAUUCAGGACGUGACGGAGAUGGCAAGAGUGCCGGUCAUUCUAAAGACGGAUCUCACCAAGAGCCCACCGUGCUUGACCAUCCGGUCCCUCAACCCGUAUGCGCUCUAG